AAUCCGUCCGGACCCAUCCAUUCCCCGUCCCGUUGCCUGCCGCGCAGCGAGAGACAUCCCGUCCUCGUCGGCGCCGCUCCCCUCCCCUCCCACCGUCUCUCCUCGCACGUCCCCCUUUCCUCCCGAUCGCACCAUCUCUCCACCCUCCCCCGCUCCCGUAGUCCCGUAGCUCUCUUCCACGGCCCCCUCCCGACCGUGCCAUCUCCCCUAGGUGGCGCUGUUGGUCGCGGUUCUUGAGAGUUGAGACGCACGCGAGCUGUUCGACGUUCUGCCCAGAUGGACGGGAACCGUAAGCGCAAGACCGUUGACAGCGACUAGCAUGGUCCUCCUGUCAAGAAGGCCUCGACGGGCACGCCCGGUGACUCCUCCUUUUCCCAGUUCGGCGGAGUUGCCGAUGGACGGAACGUCACCUGGACGGCACCGAGCACGACCGCUGUGCCGAUGGAGUCUAUAGGACGGAUGGAUCGUUCGGCCACCCCCAGUCGCCUAGACGGCAACCGCUCCGCAGGCGCGUCCGGGCCCCUGCGCAUCUGAGAACCAAUGCCCCUGCUGGGAAACAGCAAGCGCUCUGUGGGCGCAUCCAGGCCCCUGCGCAUCCAAGCGGAGAGCAGCAGUGAGGAAGGCCGCGUCGGGCUGGGGACACCUGCACCAUCACAACAUCCGUUGCCUGGUGGCGCACUCACCCGUCGUGUGGAUACCUCCAAUCUCCAGGAACCACUGCCCACCGCUGUGUCUAAGCUACCUUCUCAGGACAAAAAUGCUUCUGUUAUUGUGAUAGUUCCCGGAUGGUCUUCUGAUGAUAAUAACUUCUCGGAGGCAGUGAAGAAACUGUUGUUUGGCCGAAUAGGGGCAGACCACUCAGUUGAUCAAAAGGUGCCACCGCCAGCAGUGAGAACAGUGAUUGUACAUAUCUUUGGUAGAUAUGGACCAUAUCUAGCUCGUCAUAUGGAGGGAUUGACUGCGCAAGCCCAUCUUAGGCGUCAAGAAAUGACAUUUGAACCAAAUAUGUGCCACAGAGGUAUAAUCAAGGAGAGAGUGGAUGAACUCUUGGAGCCAGCGAGGCCUUCCUCUCCGAAGUGCUGUUCUUGCGAUCGGCCUGCUGACUGGAUAACAUCAUGCUGCUCGUUGAUGCUAUGCUCGUAUUGCAUGCCGGACAAGUUUCAUCAGAAGCACAAGCGAGGACAUAGCCGGGAACUCUGCCGCGCGCAAGGUGCCAUUGGCCUGCUCAAUCCCCGGAGUCCGUUGGAGGAGGAAACGAGGUACCUGAUGAAAAAUGACAUGCUCUGCAAGCGAGAAAUUAUUCUACAGGUUGAGGACGAGGAGAGCGGGAGAACACGGGAGUGCGACAUUUUCGUGCUCAGAAGCAUGUUACCUCUGGCUGACCUGUGGAACAGGAAGCGCUUAAACAGGCUAUUCACGUGUGGCUAUCACAUGAGGUGGAAUGGGGUGCUCGACGAGCUCUUCAGAACGGAGAACAAGCUAUCUUUCAUGAAGUAGCGAGUAGUAAUAGAGGCUUACGUUUGUUCUGUAUGCGAUUACUAGAACCGUUGUUCAGUAACUCAGAUCUGUUUUCUGGUACCCUGCCUUUUGGAUUGCUCUUCUUUUAUUGUCUAUGCGAUGUUAUUCAGCUUGCGAAUCUUGUUGAGACAUGUAACCGUUGCUUACCAUUGCUCAUGUUUUCUGGUAGCUGAGCCUUUUGGAUUUUAA